AAACUAAAAGACUUUUCAAGUCAAUGUCCAAACUCCAAAAAACUCAACGAUUUAUUUGUUAUUGUUUUGCUGAGUACUUACGAUUAUUACCUUUUUAACGUAAAUAAACGGAGUAAUUAUUACAAGAUAACUUCUAUUAACCGAAUGGAAGUUCUAAAAGCUCAAUUGAAACCUUAAACACCUGUUUUAUAAUGAGAAAGCCGUGAUGUUUUUAGAUUAAACAGCGAGUGAAAUGUUACCACUUAUACCUUUUAAUAUGGAGGGUUGUUCAAAUUCAAGUAAUUUUAACUCCAUUUAUGAUGUAAAUAAUGUCUUAAAUUGUGUCAGAAAUAGGAAAAAGGUUUCCGAGUUACCUAAUUGUCCAGUAUGUAGCUGUACGAUACGACAGGGAGAACUAGAGUCGCAUUUAGCAUUAGAACUUGAAAGACUGCAAAAAAUCACUAGUGGUUCGAAGAGGAAAUUAAGCACAAAUAGCUCAAAUAUGCCGGUAGCGGGAUCAAGCACAUUUUACGAGGAAGAAAGUAAUGAAGAUGUUGAGAUGGAUGUUUCGGGCUGUCCAGGAAGUGAUAUUUACCAACGUAUACAUAGCAACCGUCUUAGUCGGCUGCGAUCACGGCGUCGAUCUCCGCCACGCACUGGACAAGGUGAAUGUCCAGUGUGCAAUGCAACUCGUCCUGUGUCCCGUCUUCACCGACAUACAUUAAGGUGUCUUAAAAGAAGUGGGGCAGAGCUGGAUGAACCAGUGCCUGAUACAAGCUCUGAAGAAGGCAGCAUUGAUGUUGAAAAUGAUGAGCCUACAGGGUUCGGUGCUGAAUACCAGUGGUGUGGAGAGUGGCGAGUGAGGGCUACUGCUCUGCAGGAUGCGGACUCACGGCCUGGUACUAGUGUACGGCGAGCGUCAACCGAUCACGCACUGGUAGUAGAUGAUGACGAGGACACGGCGUUGUAUGGGCCGCCUCAGUACUCACCUUCAAGGAUAGCGCCUGAUGCAGAUACUUCCAGGUCGAGUGAAAAUGAGAGUGAGUCAAAUGGAAUAGAACUACAAAUUGAGAAGAAAACAAAUGGGCUGGUAGAAGCCAGCGCUGAGACACGCAUACAAGCGCUGAAAAUGAAAAUAAAAGAAUUAGAGAAAAAACAGAAUUCAGGAUUAGAGGCGAAGUGUUUGAUAUGUCUGGGGCCUUACAUGUCGCCAGCGGUCUCCAUACAGUGCUGGCAUGUCUACUGUGAGGUGUGUUGGUUGGAAUCUUUGAAGGCGAAGAAAAUAUGUCCGCAAUGCAACGCUAUCACAACGGCUGGACAUUUGAGACGGAUUUACAUGUAACGGACACAAAAGUGUGGAUUUGUCUCUCUUGAUUAUCGAAUUAUACCAUUUUGAAGCUAAAUUUCAACUGACAUUUAUAAUGUGUAUUUAUUAUUUGAAUAUAAAAGAUGAUUUUAUAGCUUCAAUGGUUCAGCAUCGUGUUGUAUUCCAAUAUUCUGUUAAGAAUCUUUGGUAAACCAAUUUUUCUCUUGUAAAGGCAGUCACCACAGGCCUUUGACACCCAUUUUAAUGGGUUUAGGGGUGAAUAUAAAAGGUUUGUUGAAAAUUAUCAAGAGUCAAAACCGUUUGAAAGACGGCUUUAGAAGUAUGGUUUAAAUAAUUGCUCAAACGAUUGCUUGAGCCCGAGUUCUAUAUACAAACAAUUGUUUGACAAAUUAUUAACUAAGAUUUUCAUACAAAUUAGUCACGUAUUUUGUCCAACUAGAGCUGCUAGAAGCUUCUGAUAUAUAUUCUAUAUCUUACUGUUAUUUCCAGUACAAACCUGAUAAAGUAUUUUUUUUUUAAUUUCUAAAGGCUAUUUGAAAAGUGAUUUUAUUUGACAGUGACAGUCACGAUAAUGACGUAGUGUGCUUGUAAAUAUGUCUUUAUCUGUCUUAUGUAAUUCUGAAUCGGAGUAUUUUUCAAGAAUAAUUUAGUUGAAAACUUUGAAACUGACUAUGUAUAUUUAAAUACUUUUAUAUUGUGUAUCAACAAAUACUUGAUUAUCACGAUAAAAGGUUAUUUUUGAGAUUUUUUUAAAAUUGAUUAUGAAUAUGUAAAGAACUUUUUUGCUUACGUGUUUACAAACCUUGUACGCCACAGGGACGCCAUCUUGCUUAGUGAAGCGUUUUGGGUGGUUGUAUAAGUUCUGUGGUCCCUAAUAAAUAAUUUGUCUAUGGUUUUAUUUUGACUUUCGAUUGACAUGUUUAUUGUUAAUUUGAAUAUAGAACUCGGCCGUUAGUGUUAAAUUAAGAAUAAACGAUUGCCUUCCGUGAAGAUAUACAAUAAUGUAUAGUAAUUUGUAAAUAAAAUUAUUUGUCUAUA